CCGGCAGAGGCAGGAGGCUGCGGCGUGCUGGGUCGGAUUUAUGACAUUAAAAAGAUUCUUUCACUCCUGUCCCUCAUCGCGAUGAACAUCCCCCUCACAUCACGCGAUUUAAAUGUGUCUUUCUAAUGCAGGUCGAAAAUAGCAGCCUAAAAUCCACUUCUUAGAGAGAGAUCAAGGAUAAUGGGGUUCAUCUCCAAUCAGCUUGAAAUCCCUUGAAACAAUUAAAGCUCAGCCUGGCGACUUAUAAGCAUCAGAGGCUUUUGAUGAGUGUAAACCUUAAAUAAAAUCAGCGUUUAGAAAACACUUGGUAUAGGUGAUGAAAAAUCCCCCAGGACAAAAUGCUGAAAGCAGCGUGGCAGCCACACACACACACACACACAAAAAAAAAAAAAAAAGGCUGCAAAACCCGCUUAUUUUGAUGUGAACAGGCUACAUAUGAGGUGUCCCAGGGCUGUGUCCCCCCAGAGGUACCCUGGACCUGCUGGCGGGCAGGCGUGGGGCCAGAGCCUCCUUAAGAGAGGCGGCAGUGUGGGGUGACGAGCCGCUUCCAAUUGCAAGGCGGCAGCACAUGACAUAAGAUGCUCCAGAUCUGCCUCCUGGGCGCUAGUUUAAAAAUAAAGGAUAUUACACGUCGGGCUCGGCGCCGGCGGAGCGGCUGCGGAGGGGAGGCUGCGGGACGGGCGAUGCGGGGGACGGUGCUGUGUGAGUCAGACGUGAGGAUGGCACUUGCAGAACCAGUCUCCGUGGUUUAUUGCAAUUCAGCUCUUCAAGGGAACUGUGAAAUGUCACAGGAAGAUGUGCUGCUCAACCCUUCACCCAGAACUGCUGAGCCACACAACAGUGAGCCAGGGGAAGAUUCCAAGAUGGAGAGAUCUCAGGUGAACUCACUCGGUCCCAAAGCAGCCUCCUCCCCUCCUGGCUCCAGUGUGUGGACGACACGUCGUGAUGGAGAGGUCAGGCUGAGGAUGGAGGAGCAGGGCAUUGGCAGUGAGGCCCCAAAGACUGUGCAUCAGCUCUUGCAGGAAUGUGUGAACAAAUACAGUGACUUUCAUGCCCUUGCAUCCAAAAAAGAUGGCCAGUGGACAAAGCUGACAUAUAAGAUGUACUAUGAUGAGUGCUGGAAAGCAGCCAAAAGCUUUCUGAAGCUGGGGCUGGAGCGUUUCCAUGGAGUGGGCAUCCUGGGAUUUAAUUCUGCAGAGUGGUUCAUUGCUGACAUUGGAGCUAUCCUUGCAGGGGGAUUUGCUGUUGGGAUCUACACUACAAACUCUCCUGAGGCCUGUCAUUAUGUAGCAGAGAACUGCAGUGCCAACGUUAUAGUGGUGGAAAACCAUAAACAGCUGCAGAAAAUCUUAGAAGUUGAAGACAGACUACCUCAUCUGAAGGGCAUUGUCCAGUAUGGGGAGGAGAUCAAAGAGAAGAGACCAAAUCUGUAUUCGUGGAGGGAGUUCAUGGAGCUGGGCAGGGACGUGCCAGACUCACGGCUCCACGAGAUCAUCGCGUCCCAGAAACCCAACCAGUGCUGCACCCUCAUCUACACCUCGGGCACCACGGGGCAGCCCAAGGGCGCCAUGCUCAGCCAUGACAACCUGACGUGGACAGCCAAGGUGGCCGGACGCUUCAUCGCGCUGAGCGACGCCCACGACAGGCAGGAGCACGUGGUCAGUUACCUGCCCCUCAGCCACAUCGCUGCACAAAUGUGUGAUAUUUGGGCAGCCAUGACCUUCGGUGUGCAAGUUCACUUUGCCCAACCAGAUGCAUUGAAGGGCAGCUUGGUGGAGACCCUGCGGGAAGUGAGGCCGACUGCUUUUCUGGGAGUUCCUCGUGUCUGGGAAAAAAUGGAAGAGAAAAUGAAAUCUGUGGGCAUGAAAGCCUCAGCGUUCCGAAGGAGAGUGGCAUCAUGGGCCAAGGAAGUGGGGCUGCAGACCAACCUCAAGAGGAUGAAUGGGUGCUCCGAGGUGCCCGUGAAUUUCCGCCUGGCCAGGCAGCUGGUGUACAGGAAGGUGCGCAAGGCCAUCGGGCUGGACCGCUGCACCAAGUGCUACACGGGGGCUGCUCCCAUCACCAGAGACACCCUGGAGUUCUUUCUGAGCCUGAACAUUCCUGUGCUGGAGCUCUAUGGGAUGAGUGAGAGCUCUGGGCCUCACACCAUCUCCCUACCUCAUGCGUUCAAGCUCGGCAGCUGUGGGAAGGAGCUGACAGGCUGCUACACCCUGAUUGAUAAACCAGACAGGGAUGGCAUUGGGGAGAUCUGCUUCUCAGGAAGGCACAUCUUCAUGGGCUACCUGAACAUGGAGGACAAAACCAAAGAGGCCAUUGAUGAGGAUGGCUGGCUGCACUCAGGGGACCUGGGCAAGCAUGACAAGGAUGGAUUCCUCUUCAUAACAGGCAGAAUUAAAGAGCUCAUCAUCACUGCAGGAGGUGAGAACAUUCCUCCUGUUCCCAUUGAGGAUGCUGUCAAGAAUGCUAUUCCCAUCAUCAGCAAUGCCAUGUUGGUUGGAGACAAAGCCAAAUUCCUUUCUAUGCUCCUGACACUAAAGUGCAUUGUGGAUGCAGAGACGGGCGAGCCUGGAGAUGCCCUCACUCCUGAAGCUCUGGAGUUCUGUCAGAAGCUGGGCAGCACGGCCACCAAGGUCUCAGAAAUCAUCAGCAGCAAAGACAAAGCCAUCUAUGCUGCCAUCCAGAAAGGGAUCUCUGCUGUCAAUGAGGGAGCUGUGUCUAAUGCCCAGAAAGUCCAGAAGUGGGUCCUGCUGGAGAAGGACUUCUCCCUCUUUGGUGGAGAGCUUGGCCCCACCAUGAAGCUGAGGAGGCCGGUAGUGGCUCAGAAAUACCAGGACAAAAUUGCUCAGUUUUACACGGACAUCGAAACCCCCUCGGGGGAGCCCUCGACCCGGACAUAG